AUGUCACAUCCACUCCUCAAGCAUGGCAUUCGUCAUCUCCAUACCAUCAAACCUACAGCCGCAGCCGCAUCCGUAUCCGCAUCCUCAUUCGCCGAGACCCUCCUCCAAGACUGGAAAUCACAAUCACAAUCGCGUAAAGAUUUAAUCUGCUCACAAAUCCUCGAUAUAAACCAACUCCGUAAAUUAAAUGCUACGCUGCCCUUUCCUACUUUCUCCACCUCAAAGCCUAUACGCAUUUCCGUUCCCGUUUCCAUUCCUCCAUGUCAUCAUCUUGUAUAUUUCACUCCGUCGGAUGCAGAGCUUGAAUUGGGAUCGGAUGGAUCAGAUAGGAUAUUCAAUCCGCCGGUACCUUUUACGAGGAGAAUGUGGGCUGGAGGGGAAUUGGAAUGGGUUAGUGGGAAUGAGUUAGUUGUGGAAGAGAAGGUAGUUGAAAAAACAAAGUUGGAAAGUGCAGAGGCGAAGAGGACGAGAAAUGGAGAGGAUAUGAUGGUUGUGAGGGUAGAGAAGAAAUUUGAGAAUUCGAAAGGCCUUGCGCUUGUGGAUCGAAGAGUGAAGGAGAGGUAG